AUGUCUCCAUACGACGAGCGUUUGCCGAAGGGCAGUGUGCGGUUACUCCAGCUUCUGCCCCAUCAAGACCAGAAUUCCCGCAUAGAAUGUCGGCUCAUUACCUGCUUUAUGUUGGACUUAGGAAGAACCCAUCCCUACGAGGCCCUAUCGUACGUAUGGGGAUCUGAAAAGAACAAACUGUCUAUCUAUAUAGACGGCGUUGAGCAGCCUGUCCGGGCAAACCUUCACCAUGCACUUUCGCAUCUUCGAGAUUGCUUUGUGGAGAGGGUCCUAUGGAUAGAUGCUAUCUGCAUCAACCAAGACGGCAACGAGGAAAAAGGGCAGCAGGUUCAGUCUAUGGCAAAGAUUUAUGCCAAAGCAAGUCGAGUAAUUAUGUGGCUUGUGGACCCACUGAAGGACGCACCGGACAAAGACGACCUAGCGGCCGGCGAUCAAGUAGACAACGGAGACCAAGCGCUCGAAGCAAUCCGUGCUGCUGCUGAAGAGCGGCGCGUGGAUCCUACAAUGGACCAAAAGAUGAUCCUCACUCUGCUUGGACGGGGAUGGUUCCAGCGAUCUGGGUUUCCCUUAAAUAUCCGCCCUCUAGGUGAGCUGGUGGAUAUGUACCACACUCGCCUCUCCAAUACGGUGUUCGUCAGCACAUGGGAUGCCAAGGAGGUAGCAGUGAUUGAAGCUAAGGGCUACGUUGGCAAAGUAUCCUCCGCCGGAGAUAAUAUGGAAAUCACUUGGAAGACUGCACCCGGCCAUUCCGAUGCGAAAGGGGAACCAAGCUCUCCGUUCACCUUCCAGGCUUCAGCAAAGGCCAUCAAGUAAGGCGAUAUUGUCUGCCUUUUGCAGGGAGCAUCAAGGUCGAUAAUCAUCAGGCCAUGCGACGGUUU